GAAAUAAGCAUUUUCAUCUCUUUUUUUUUCUUUUUGGGCAUUCUUCACAUGUUGUCUUCUUACCUGAGAGACACAGUAAUCAAGAACUUCUUUCCAUGGCUUCAACUAGCUUCCAACCAAAGAACAAGUCUCCUUCCACUGUGAUCAGCUUCUUCAAGAUUCUUCUCAGUAAAAGUCUCCAUGCUGGAACUCUUAAGAUACCAAGAAAGUUCAGUAGGAUAUAUGGUGGUGGUGUGCCGAAUCCAGUGUAUCUUAAGCUUCCAGACGGCACUCAAUGGAAAAUAGAUUGGACUAAUCAUAAUGGUGAGAUUAUAUUUGAAAAUGGUUGGAAAGAGUUUGCUGCAUAUUACUCUCUAGAUCAAGGGCACUUGUUGUGGUUUGACUAUAAAAAAACUUCUCUUUUUGAGGUACACAUAUUUGACAUGAGUUGCCUUGAAAUAAACUAUCCUCCCAAUGAUCACACUGAUGAUGAUUGUGUUGAGAUUUUAAAUAAGCCCCCAUCACCACUCCGGGGGGAUCUAAGGAAGCGGUCGGUAGCACCAUUAUCGACUCCUUCUAAAACGAAACGAUUGAGAAGUGCUACAAAAUCUAGAGAUGUUGAAAGAGGUAGCCAAUCUAAGGAUACAAGCCUUGAAAUGCCAGUAUUUUCAUCUCCCCGGCAAGAUUUCCUUGAUUUCUCUCCUGGAACCAGUGGGUUUAAGGCUCUGAAAGAAGCUGAGAAGUUCAGCUCUGAAAAUCCCUUUUUCAUUGUCAAGAUAAGGCAAGCUAUACGUUCAAACCGUAAUUUUCCAGCUUCCUUUUUCAUAAAAUACUUUAAAAAUGAGGAGCAGAAAGUAAAGAUAAGGUUUGAGGGGAAGUUGUUUCCUGCAAAGUUGCGCUAUUAUCAACAAAAUUCUACUGCCUUUAUCUCUUCUGGAUGGCUCCAAUUUGCUCAAGCAAGUAAAUUACAACCUGGGGAUGUUACUGUGUUUGAGCUCGUCGAUAGAGAUGAUCCGGUGUUUGAAACUCAUAUUUAUAGAGCCAAAGCUUUCAAGUCAUGGUCCUGUGGCUUUCAAUCUCUAAAAGCAGCUCGGAAUUUCAAGUCAGAAAAUCCCUCUUUCAUGGUCAAGAUCACCCAAACAAAUCUACCAAGAACAACUGCUGUCAUACCAGUUCCCUUCUUCACAAAGUAUUUUGCAAGGAAGAAGCCGAAUAUACAGAUAAAGUUGAGAAACAAGUUGUUGCCAGCAAAGUUGCUCUAUUAUCCAUCAUCUUCUGCUGCCUAUAUCUCUGCCGGUUGGCAAGCUUUUGUUGGUGCCAGUAAUUUAAAGGCUGGAGAUGUUUGUGUCUUUGAGCUUGUCAAUGGAAAAGAUCGAGUGCUCGAUGUUCAUAUUUAUAGAGCCGGUCGUUUGUUAAGCUUUUAGAACUUCAGGACUUCUUUAACUAAGUUGUUUUGUGAAAAUGUUUGUUUCUCUUUUGUAAAAUCAAACUUCUACCUUAUCCAAUCCUUAUUUGUGUGUACCAAUGAUGUAUCCAUAGGGUUAAGAGUUUCAGUGUUGUUUCAUGUUUUAUCACCUUGUUGACAUUAUUGCAGGUUAUGAAUCUAAUCCAUGAAAAUGCAACUCAUUUCUUUCCAAUCAAA